AUCCUCUAUAGCUCAAUCCGGUUGAGACGGCUAUCUACUCUGCGCAUGUACAGUACAUAUUAAUGAGGUCCAUACCUAACGAUUCAAUUCACUUAACUAUGGUUGCUUUUGGUCACUUUGGUCACUUUAAUCAUUCCAAGUCGCACAAAGUCCUAUCAUGUCCCCCGUAUCUUCCAUAGAUUCUUAGAUAAAAAAUUGGAUCAAAAAAUCGUUCUUGCCUCUUGCCGAACAAGUGGGCAAGUGGGCAGCGGAGAGCGGAGAGCAGCUACCUUCUACACUGACUACGUGCAACUACGUACUUUAGAACUUGCCCCACCAUGAUGGACAUAAGUCAGUUCUCCCACAAGUUUUGACAGAGAUCUUUUAGACCUUUUACAAGGUCUGGCACAUCAUAUCAUCAUCACUUAGCUUUUUUUCUUCCUUUUUCUUAUUACUUUUCUUCAUUUGAUCUACUCGCUCUCUUCCCUAUUAAUUCGCAUUACUUCUUGGGGGCCAUCCCUCGGCCCAGCUUGCUAGUAGCUCUUCAUAUCUUAGCAUUUGGAUUCUAUUGUUAUCUAGCUUCUCGGUAUCUCGAUUGCCAUGACAACCCCGAGCGAUGCUGAUGAUCGCCACCAACUGGAGCCGUCGCAAGACAGCUCCAACGAUGUAUCCGAACGUACCGAUGCCAUCGCAAAGCCCCCAGAGCGCGCAUCGGUACGCUUCUCAUCGAUAGUUGACGAAAUCGAUCCUCCAGUCUCGACCUUCGGUAGUCCGGAAGCCCGAAGGGAGAGCUCUGCUAAUCCUGAUAUAAUACGAGCUCUGACCAAUUCUAUCCAUGGCGCCCAACUUCAAGAGCAGCGAUUGAUGAAUUAUUCGUUUGAUCCAGUCUCCCUUCCGCCUUCUAGGUAUACAUGUGGUCCCGAUAGCAAUUAUACGGUUGCGUCUAACGAGACUACUCCCGGCGCAACUCCGCAGCAUAGCCAUAGCCCCAUGGGCCAUCCGUCGCCCCGAUUGAGCCCCAAAGCUCCCGAGUUGGUAUCACCGCCACUUACGCCUGCUGGGACUUCCGCGGCGGAAUCUUCCACGCGGAACGCAAAAUCCGUUCGAAUUGCCAGUUCCGAUGGCGGGUACGAUUCCCAGGCGAUAACACCACAAGCAUCGGGACAAGAUUCGAGACCAGUUUCGCCUCGAAUGGGUCUCCCGCACCGACCUGCUUCCACCGACAACAUAUCCCAACGGUCGACUGCUGUAGACGAGCACGAUGGCGGUAUGCGCUCGCAUCGAAAGGGGAUUUUUAGCAUCGGGCCCGGAGGCCAAUCUCUACCUGUGUCCAGGGAAUCGAGUCCCUCGAGAAAUGCCGCAUCUCAGUAUUAUUCGCGACCAUUUACUCCUCAAGGGGAUAUCAAUGAUCCGUAUGCUGCAAGUAAACGACCGAUGCAGAACAAAGCAGGUGGCAACAUUGACCAGCGAUUUGUUUUCUCUAGGAAGAAGAAACUUGGCUCUCCUUCUUCUUCAUCAACAAACCUAACGAGGACAGAUAAGCAAGAAAAAAGACACUCUGGACUUUUCGCAAAUAAAAACAAGUCCACUGAUCUUCAUCCGACAGGAUCUGGUUCAACAACACAUAGUGCACACGGAUCUAUGUCUGAUCUGAAGCGGUUUUUUAAAGUGGGUAUCAAUCACAAGCCCAAGAAGCCCGCAUCACCAUCUCCUUUGGGGUCUAAGCCAGCCUACCAGGUCCCAUUUGCUGAUGAUCAUGGCCUCUCAUCCAAGUAUGGGAAGCUGGGCCGAGUGCUUGGGUCUGGCGCUGGAGGCUCGGUCAAACUUAUGAAGAGAACCGAAGACAAUACCGUAUUUGCGGUGAAAGAAUUUCGCCCUCGGCAUUCGUACGAAACUGAAAAGGAAUAUGUCAAGAAAUUGACAGCCGAAUUCUGUAUCGGAUCUGCUUUACAUCACGGCAACAUUAUUGAGACGCUUGACAUUGUCCAAGAGAAGGGGAAAUGGUACGAAGUCAUGGAAUACGCUCCAUUCGAUCUUUUUGCCAUUGUUAUGACCGGAAAGAUGUCUAAGGCAGAAAUAACAUGCUGUUUUCUACAAAUACUGAGUGGAGUAACCUAUCUUCACAGUUCCGGUCUCGCCCAUCGGGAUUUGAAACUGGACAAUGUUGUCGUUAGCCAGCAUGGCAUCAUGAAAAUUAUUGAUUUUGGUAGUGCUCAUGUUUUCAGAUAUCCUUUUGAGACCGAAAUCGUCCUUGCUUCUGGUGUUGUUGGGUCGGAUCCCUACCUUGCUCCAGAAGUUUACGAUGAGCGCAAGUACGACCCUCAGGCGGUGGAUAUCUGGUCCCUUGCAAUCAUCUUCUGCUGCAUGUCACUUAGAAGAUUCCCCUGGAAGGUCCCGCGCUUGUCGGAUAAUUCGUAUAAGCUUUUUGCAGCAGAUCCGACUCCCGGCCACGAUCCCAAGAAACUAAUCCUUCCUUCGAGAUCCACGAACGAUCUCUCGAAUAUCCCACAACGUGAUAUUUUUGCGGAAGACGAUGCGAGGCAGCAAAGCUCCAAGGCGAGCGAGCCCUCUACUCCUAGUAGCAACGGCACUAGCACCCAGGAAAAGAAAGAGGUCAUAAAGGGACCGUGGCGUCUGUUGAGGCUACUUCCUAGGGAGAGCAGACACAUCAUUGGGAGGAUGUUGACGAUCGAUCCCAAAAAUCGCGCUCAAAUGCCUGAGAUACUCGAUGAACCUUGGGUUUCAGAUACGGUUAUCUGCAGGCAGGUUGACCAUGGACAAGUCAUUCAUGCGGACGACCAUACACAUGUCCUUGAGCCGCCGGCACCACCAAGUAAGUAGAAACGCCGGGGGGUGUUUCGGCGGACGAUUAAGCGGACGAUUAAGCGCAUUUUGCGAUAUUUUUGGCGUAGGAGGGAACAGUAAGUUCCCAAAAGCGGCGUUUACGGGGUCAUAUAGC